UUCAUCAUUUUAGCAAAUUUUUUUUUUGAAAAGAUUGCCCACUUUCUUGUGUUUCUGGGGUUUAACUUAAAACUUUAAUAUAUUUAAUAAAUAGCAUUUUCUCUCAUUUAACAUAGAUUUAAACUUUUUUGGUCCUAUGUCCUCGCGCAAAGAAUUCAAUAAAAAUCAUUAGAACGAGCAGAACAGCUAAUCUGUCAAGUUUUUCUACGAAAUUCUAAAAAAUAAAGAUUUUUUGUAAUUAAGUUGCAUCAAUUGUGAAUGUUCGAUUUACAAAUAGACAAUAGUGACUUUUAAUUGUACUAAAUUGGCUCAUUUAUAAUCGUUUUGUGUUUAUGAGUAAUGGAAUUUGAGGAAAAUGCCGAGAGUAAAUCAAUCAUUCACUCGGUACAAAGCGUCCCGAUCUUGUCAUCAGCUGAGACCACUCAAACUGAUAAUGAAAAUAUAAGAAAGAGCUCAAAGACUCGACGGGUAUCAUUCGCAAGCGCCUCAAAUCUUGAGCAGUAUCUUGAACCAAUAAAUCCUUUCGAUUCAUUAGUUCCAAUCUCAAAUUCGCAAGAACUUGCGAACUUGUAUCGGAGUUCGUGUGAGAAACACAACACAACGCCGAUUCCAUCAAUUAUCGAGCAUUUGAGUUCUAUAAAUCUCGACAGUCCUACAACAGUCCCUAGAGCAGAGAUUCUCAACUUAAAACAUGAAACAUUGACUCAUGAAUCUUGUGAAGCUCUAGAAGAGCUAUUUAAGCGGGUAAAAUAUAAAGUCAUCGAUUUCACAUCAUGCUCAUUAGACGAUGUCUCAGCGUCAGCAAUUUUCGACAUGAUCGAGUACUAUGAAGCCUGCAAUGAACUCAAUAUCUCAGAGAAUCCAGGCAUUAAAAACCGCGGUUGGCAAUCAUGCAUAAAUAUGAUCAAACGGUCUCAAGCACUUCACAGUUUAUUUACUCGCGGAACGGCUCUUAGUGAUGGAAAUGCCCUCGCACUCGGCAAUGCUCUUCUCACAUCGUAUAUUUACACACUUAAACUUGAGCGAUGUGGCCUCACAGGACGUCCGAUAUUGUGCUUAUGCGGUGCUUUGCAAAAGAAUAAAAUUCUUAAAGAAUUAUGUCUUGCAAAUAAUGAACUGAAUCACAAUGAUGCCUUUCACAUUGGCAAUGUGUUGAAGAGUAAUCAUCAUCUGCAACUCUUAGACAUUUCCAAUAAUGAUAUUCAAGAUGAAGGCUUUCGUCACAUUGCUGAAGCUCUCUCUUAUCAAUCAGUUCACAUUAAUCAAUCAUCAUCGUCUGUCGAUUCAUUAUUAUCGAACAAAUUUGAUUUUAGUGAUUUGACCGCCAAUCUGAACAAUAUUAAUAAUAAUCGACAACGUUUUUGUGCAACGCCUCCGCCAAGAAUUCACGUGGCUGCUGAUGAUAGUAACACAAGUUCCAUAAAUAAUAACAACAACAGUAUUUCACAAUGUGAUAAUAGUAAACAAGAAGAAGGAAGAAAGAAUGAGACAACAGAAAGUGUUGGAAGUGGCAAGUUGGAAGUAGUGAGUGAAGGUGUUGCAAUGGUUGGUAGUAAAAACGAAACAAAGUCCGAAGAGAGUCCAAUGAAAGAGAAGUUUAAGUAUACAACUGCAUCAUUAUCACCAAUAUCUCAUGGCUACGAUGAUACCACAACAAAUCAUCAAGUGUUCAACGCACGAUCUCCUGAACGUUCAUUCAGCUCCGAGAGUUUGUGUUCCGAAACAUCAAUUGAAUCAAAUGACUCAAAGUCAUCAAUUCGUUUAAUCGAAACAAAGUUUCAGAACAAAAAUGGAACAUUAGAACGACAAAAUUCAAAUUAUGUACCAGUCGCUGAUAUCUUAGAUAAACAAUUGACGGGACUUCAAGUUCUAAUCUUUUGGAAUAAUAAUUUGACAAUGAAAUGUGCACCGAGCGCUGCUGAUUUAAUUGAGUCAACAGAAAAUCUUCAAAUUAUUAAUUUUGGUCACAAUAGCCUUAGUAAUGAAUUCAUAUUUGAUAUAAAAUUAUCGCUAAAACGUAAUCGAAGUUUAAUAAGCUUUGGUUUACAAUCAACAGACCUUACAUCAGAUGGUAUUAAAGUUCUCAGUGAAGUCAUUCAAUUUGCUGGCAAUGCGACACUUCAGCGAAUUGAUUUGCGUAAUAAUGAAAUAUCAAUAGAUGGUCUCAAGGAUAUUAGCGAAGCAUUGAAAUCUAAUAAGAACAUUAUAAGAAUAGAUCUCGACGAGAAGGCGAAGAAUGUGAUUUUCGAGAACAAUUCUGAAUAUCAACGAUGGAUAAGCACGAUUAAACAACAAUGUGCACAUAAUGAGAAUCCACCAGAACCACAAGAAGCUGCUAAAGCAACAACAACAAUUGAAAGAAUGAAACGUAACAAUAUGACGAAGAGAAAGAUUUCGUUGACAUGCUCGAGUGUUAAAACACCUCAAAAGCAACUUUUAGAGCCUAAAAAGAAUUCACGUCUUCGUACGCCAAGUCCACUUCAAUCUCCAAUUUCAUCGCCAUUACAAAGUCCAUCAAGAAGUCGCUUUCAAGUAUCGAGGGUAUCAGAAAGUUCGAGCGGUGUUAGUAGUAAAUUAACAUCAUCAACAUCACCAUCACCAUCGUCAAGUAGCAGCAGUCCAACAUUCUUUCCAUCCAAUUCACGGUUUCGUGUUAUAACUGUGUCAGAACCUUAUUCAAAAACAAAACUUGACGUCGUCUCACAAAAUAAGCUCAUGCGAAGUGAAUCAAAGCCAGAACAAAGUAAAGAAAUUGAUAUUCCAUUAAAAUCGUCACAAAGUGCACCAGCAAAGUUUAUAGCGCCUUCAAACUUUUACAACAAUUCAUCACUUUUAUCAUCACCAAGUAUUGAUCAAUUAGAUUAUGAAGUAAAGAAUUUUAUCGACAUUGACAGUUGCAGUUCAUUCAGCAGUUCAAUUGAGUCAAUCGAUCGUCAAACUGAUUUGAGUUCGACUGAAAGUUUUGAUUUGGUUGAUAAGUCGCCGAUUGUUGUUGAGCCUUUAAAGAUUACAUCGUGGAUUAAAAGUGAAAACUAUCCAGCAACAUUGGACAAAUUAUUGAAUCUCUUUCAACAUCCAACAAGUAUUUUUGUUAAGACGAGUCCUGAAUCGACACUCUCAUCAUCACCAUCAACAGGAUUAGCUGCAAAGUCGGUAAAAUUAUCACAAGCCAAAGAUGAAAAAGAGAAAAAUAUUGGAAUGGGACAGAAAGAAAAUUCUUUCAGUGGAUUUUUUAAUUCAUUAGUUAACAUGGCACAUAAAAAAGGUGGCAAUGAUGAGAAGAAUGAAACGUCAACGAUUUUACAAAAUAUUUCACCUGAAAACACGGUAGGAAAAGUGUCAGCAAGUUCACAAAUGAUUCUCGAGUCGUUACCAAAAAGUGUCAAGCAGGAAUUGAAAGAAAAUAUUUCCCCCGACAAUACUGUGUCAUUCUCUGGCAUUGAAAAGCAGCAACAUCAGCGUUCACCAACAACAAAAGUUCUUUUUGUCGUUGGCGAAGGUGAAGGAAGUCUUGAUAUUCCCGAUCCCUUGGAAUUGUCAACUGGAGAUGAGACGUCAAGUGACGAAGUCUUAGAAGAUAUUCGUCCAUCACUUGGAGACAUGAAGAGAGAAACAACAACGAACAUUCAUCACCAUACCAGAGAUUCUGCAGAUGACCAAGGAUUGGAUGUGGAACCAUUAGGAAGUAAUAAUCAACAGUGA